CGCGGCGUGGCCCUCUCUGAGGUUUGUAAAUUGCCCCAGUCGCGACGGAUCCGUGUGCCGCAUUUCCCAAGCGAUUUCCGACGUUUUCCCUUUCGAAUUUCGUCCAAACUUUCACCUCGCUUGAGGCCAAUAGCCGCAGAGAGCUCGGGGGACGUCGCCGACCUUAGAAGCAACCACCGAGACGCGAGCUAUCGGAGCGGAGGAGGGCCGACAUGGUUCAGAUGCACGACGCCGGAGGCUUGGCGACAGCGGCGGGCAGGGGCAAGAGCGACGAGGUGCGGAGGAUCCUGGACGGCGGCGGCGUGCACCCGGACGCCGUCAACGAGUUUGGCAGGACGCCGCUGCAGGUGAUGAUGAUGGGCAACGCCGAGGUCGCCCGCCUGCUCCUGGAAAGCGGCGCCAACCCCAACGUGCAGGACUCGUCCGGGAUCGCGCCAAUCCACGACGCGGCCCGCUCGGGCUUCGUGGCCACGCUGCAGGUCCUGGUGGAGCACGGCGCCUCGGUGAACGCGGCGGACCACUCCGGCGCCCUGCCCAUCCACAUCGCCAUCCGGGAGGGCCACCGCGACGCCGUGGAGUUCCUGGCGCCGCUCUCUGACCUGUGGCACGCCAACGCCCGCGGCCAGACUCCCAUCGACGUGGCCCGGGCGUCCCCCCGGGCCGACAUGAUCCACCUGCUGUUGGCUCACGUGUAGUCGUCGUCUCCGUUUCUGUUCAAACCUGGUGACUUGAAUUCGUACGUAAAAGUUGUUGUUUUUCUUAGCUGGACGUUCGGACAUGACGCACGUGUUCUGUGGUCAUGGCAGCUACUUUUCAAUGGGUUGUUUUGCACAGUGCAAUGUAGGCACCUUAUUUACUAAUAUGUAUUUAUCUAUGAAUUGGGAGUGCACAUUAGUCAGAUUUUUUUUUUUGUUUGUUUUUUUUUUCCCCAUCCCGUUGUUUUGUGUUUAUAUGUAACCGUUGACUUGAUUGUCGUGUUUGUUUUUGUUAUGAAACUUGAACCGGUGCAAAAAAGAACGUUACCUUGCAUUCUUCAUGGCAUGAAAUUAGAUUAAUUUAGAUUGAAUUAUUUAUUGCUGGAAUAGCAGUGGCUAUUAUUUUUAUUUAUACUAAGAAUACUUUAAUACAGAAGUGAGUUUGGUUUGCUGUUUGAAUAUG